GUAGGGUGACAGUAUCAGAAAUUGAAUUAAAAUUACUCUGGGGGUUCUGAUAUCCCUCCCUCUUAACUGUGACUGGUUCCUGCAGCAGUAAAAUGGAAUACAUUCUGUCAUGUCCCUGAAUCUGUGUGUUUGCACAAACCCAUUGGCUGCAGUAAUUGAAGGUGCAAUACUUUCAUUUCACUGGUUAUUCAGUUUCCAGAUAUAUGUUAAAAUCUAGCGACUAGUGGACCGGAGAGUAAAUAGACUAUACAUUUCACUGGCUCUUACGUCACAGAGAAGACCGGGUUGAAGUGAACUUUCUUGAAGCAUUAAGCAGCGGUUGGUGGGGGAGACGGUCCAUUGUGUGAAGAGUUCCAGCUGAGAGUUUUGAAAUGCUGGUAUAUGUGGUCGCUGUUUUGUUGUUUCUCGGUGUGCUGUACUACAGGCACAGAGACAGCAAACGCCUAAACAGUGUGAAUGACAAACAUGUAUACAUCACCGGCUGUGACUCUGGCUUUGGCCACCGGCUGGCUCAGCGGUUGGAUGAACUGGGAUUCUACGUGUUAGCCGCCUGUUACACUCAGAAUGGGGCCGAAGAUCUGAAGACCAGCACCUCACCCAGGCUCAAAAUUCUGCAGCUUGACGUCACCAAUAGCGAAAGCAUCAACAAGGCUGCGGAGAUCGUCAAAUCUGAGGUUAAAGAGAAAGGCCUCUGGGGUCUUGUGAACAAUGCAGGGAUCAGCUUUCCGUCUGCUCCAAGUGACUGGUUAACCAUAGAAGACUAUAAAGAAAUACUGGCCGUCAACCUGAUUGGCGUUAUUGAGGUCACGUUGAGUGUGCUGCCAUUGAUAAAGAAGGCACGAGGGAGAGUCGUGAACAUAGCAAGCAUCUUUGGCAGAUUGAGUAUUAUUGGCGGCGCCUAUUGCAUCUCCAAAUAUGGUGUAGAAGCGUUCAAUGACAGUCUCAGGAGGGACAUGCAUGACUUUGGAGUGAAGGUGCUUUGUGUUGAGCCGAGCUUCUUCAAAACACGUAUCACCAGGUUCGAUUUGGUGUUGCAGAACACAAAUAAACUCUGGGAAAAGUUGUCACCAGAAGUAAAGGAAGACUACGGUGAUGAUUUCGUAGAAAAAAGCAUGCAAGUAUUUAUGAAAACUGCUCGGACCUUGAUCGACCCGGAUCUGAUGAAGGUGGUGUGGUGUAUGGAGCAUGCUCUGACUGCUGUUCAUCCACGCACUCGCUACUCUGCUGGACUGAAUGCAAAGUAUUUCUGGAUUCCUCUCUCUUACAUGCCAACCGUCUUUGCUGACUUUGUAUUCCGUUUAGCCAAAGUCAAGCCAGCAAAGAGUGUGGUUUAACAAUCUUAUGUUAACAACAACAAGGUUGCAUUUAUAGAGCGCCUUUCACGUCGGGACCC